AUGUGGGGCGCCCUGGACAGGAAGCCAAGGGGCGUGCGGGCUGGCAGCUACACAGCCGAGAUUGUUUGGACCUCAGCAAGUGCCUACACCACUUCUGAGCGGCGGCAGGAGGAGAAGGGCGGCGGCGGCAGCGGUGCUGGUUGCGGCUGCGGUGAACUUGCUGCCACCGACGAAUCACACGAGUCGAGCGAUGAUCUAGUCGAGCUGCUGGAUGACAGAGAGGGCUGGGAUGUGCGGCCUGAGGUCCGUGCUGCCCUGCCCCACCGCACCAUCCGAUGCUUCUACCAGUCAGUCAGCCUCCUGGCGGACCGAGGGUGCCCGCAGAAGGGCCACUUCUCUUACGCCGUCGGCGACCCUGCCAUGGUCAAGUAUGAGCGCCCUGGCGACCCGCAGCUGGGAGAUGUGGCCAUGCUGCACAUCUAUGCCCUGUUCGAGGACGAGCAUGGCGUGGCCUAUAUUGUGCCAAAGUGGAAUUACUUCUGGGAGGACAUCUUUGCCCGGGCGGACGACCCGCGCAGCCAGGAGGAUGGGUGCAUGCGCGGGCGGCGGGAGGUGUUCGUGGGGGCGGAGGUAUCCAGCGGGGGAGCGCACCUGGUGCUCAACAGCCAGCUGGAGGGCAACCUCAACCAGGUCCCCAACCUGCUGUGCCCCUGCACGCUUGCGCACCGCGACGAAGUGGAGGACAUAGAGGCGUUCGAAGCGCGCAAGGACUGCUAUUGGUAUCGGUACAGCUAUGACUCCAGCAUGCUGCGGUGGGAGUUUGUGCCGCCGCCGAGCGAAUGCGGCGGCGGCGGCGGCGGCGGCUGGAGCCCGGCCACGCUGCCGGCCGACCAGCCGCUGCGCAUGGUGGAGCUGUUUGCUGGGCUGGGCACGGUAUCGGAUGCGGCGGCAUGUGCCGGCUUCCAGCCGGUGUGCGGGUUGGAGGUGGACGCCGCCGCCUCCUCCUCCUACUGCGCCAAUGUGCCGGUGGCGGGUGGCGAGGAGAUGAGUGUGGAACAGUUCCUGCACGCGCUGGCGAGGGGUGAGGAGGGGAUGCCGGAGCCCGGCAGCAUCGCCUACCUCCACGCCAGCCCGCCCUGCCAGGCGCUGUCCCCGCGCAACCGCUUCCGAAGCUUUGGCCGGCUCAAGGCUGAGCUGGCACCGCUGCUGGAGCAGGUUGCGGAGGCCGUAGAGACGCUGCUCCCCGCAUACUUUUCACUAGAAGAGGUGCCGCAGCUGCUGCUGACGCGCCUGGCGCUCAAGGAGAGGCCGCGGCCCGGCAGGCGGCCCGGCAAGCUUCAGCAGGCGGCUGCAGCAGCGGCGGCGGAUGCGGCCUUUGAUGAGGGGGAGGGGGUGGAGGAGGUGGCAGAGGAGGAGGUGGAGGAGGAGGCAGAGCGGAUGGCGGGCAGCAGCAGCGAGGGCAAGGAGGAUGGUGAGGCGGAUGUGGAAGAGGAGGAUUCUGCCUCCACCAUCGAAGUGCGCCCCAUGCUGCCGCUGCUGUGCCGCCUGCUGCUGGGCGGCUACCAACUGGAUGUGCGUGUGCUCAACUCUGCACACUACGGGCGCGCCUACAUCUUGGCAGCCCGAUGCGGCCACCGCCUGCCGCUGCCGCCGGCGCCGCGCUACCACGCCGAGCACGGCCCCAACCGCCUGGUGCACUUUGCCAGGCGGGACCCCUUGCUGAUUCCGCUGGCCGACUGGACGCCGCUGUGGGUGCAGAGCGAGCCCAGCAUGCCGCCGGCGGUGACUGUGGCGGAGGCCAUUCACGACCUGCCCCUGCUGCUGGGCUCCUCGCCCGUCGACCGCCACGCCCCCUUCACCACCAUCUGCGGGCAAGUGCCUCCCAGGUUCUACCACCGAGGCACGCGGCCGAGCAGUGACAAGGCGCAGGCCAACCAGCACCCCGACGAGCCUCGGUGGUGGACCAUCGCGGAGCGCAAGCGCGCGCAGUCGCUGCCCGACCGGGUGCAGCUGUUUGGCACGCUGGGCCAGAAGGCGGAGCAAGUCGGCAACGCUGUGCCCUGGCUGCAGGCCAAGGCGGUGGCCGAUGCUGUGUAUGCUGCAGCCACGGGCAGGCCCCCCGUGGACCCUGUGCCUCUGCUCAAGGGCUUUGGACCCGUGGCGGAGGCAGCAGGCGCGGCAGGCGCCGCAGAGGACCCCGCUGUGGGGCCGGUGGCGGGCCCAGACUGCGUGGCCGGGGCGGGAGCUGGCGAGGCGGUGGUGGCGGCGGCGGCGGCGGGGCCAGUCACGCCGGCUGCACCGCUGCUGGCAGCUUGCCGUGGCGUGGAUGGAAUUGGGCAGGAGGCUGGGGGGCAGGGUGCCUGCCAGGCAUCUGGUGAGCUGGAGUUCGCCACUGCCAAGGCCGCAGCACACAGCCAGGAGGGGGAAGAGGCCGGCGCCGAGACUGGCGCCGCCAAGCGCCGCCGCAUCGCCGACGAAGGGGGGCAGCGGGACGGGCGGGACAGCAUCAGGGACAGCAGCUGCCAGGCCGUGUAG